GCAACAGGAAUGAACAUAAAAUAAACUCCCUAAAUCAACCAGUAGAGCAAGGUGGAUGACAUAACUUCUCGUCUACCAGACAGUAAACUGACGACAAGGAACAUUUGAAGAACUUAAUAGAAUAUUAUUUAGAAGUUGUUAUGCCAUUUGAUUGUCUCUCGUGCCUACGAAAACCCAAUAGUACUGUGCCCAUGGGUGAUCCAAUUGAUUUUUAUUAUUGGACUGUCAGCUCACCUUCGCGGGCAGUGUUAAUGACUGCCAAGGAACUUGGCGUUAACUUGAACCUCAUCAAAGUGGAUUUGAUGACUGAGGAACAUCUGAAGCCCGAAUUUGUUAAGAUUAAUUUCAUGCAUACUCUCCCAACAAUCGUUGACAAUGGAUUUACCCUGUGGGAAAGCCGCUCAAUUAUGCUUUACCUUUACCAAAAAUUCGCAAAAACUGAUCGAUUGUAUCCUUGUGAUCCCCAAAGGAGGGCGCUGGUUGACAGAAUGUUGUAUUUUGACAUGGGAACGCUGUACAGUGCUGCCCACGAUCUGGUGUUUCCGAAGCUGCUAGGUCAACUGACUGAAAUUGACACUGAUCAAGAGAAGAAGCUUAAAGAAGCACUUGGAUAUUUCGAACAAUUCAUUGGAGACAAUAACUACGUGGCGGGAAACUCCCUGACGUUGGCGGAUCUGUCUGUACUUGGUAGUCUUACUGUCUUGGAUCUCAUAGACUACAAAAUCGAAGGUUUUCCGAAGGUUCAGAGUUGGUUACAGCGCAUGGAGACAGAGCUCCCUUAUUACAAUGAAGUCAACAAAGAGCCUAUCGAGGAGUUCAAAGCUUCACGAAAGUAAUGAUUGCAGUGUCUGAUGAUAUUCACACCUUAAGCCACCUGUUGGAAGUUAUAUUAAAUUCUUAAUUAUUGUAUAUGAAAUAUCAUAGAGAAAUUCAAUACACUCCAUUUUAUUACUUUAUGAAUGGAAUAAUAUCAUUCCCUGGGAUAAGAUGUCUAAACUUUUUCUCAAAAUCACUGCCAAAAUUCAUCUGCAUAGCUGAAGAAAUGCAUCCUUAACUUACACUAGAAUGCACGCAUAAUCAGAGUUAGCUGUAAUGUUUCAUAAAUGAAUAUAGUUUCACAUCUAUCGUUAUAGAAAUUACUAUCUCAAUAACUAUCAACAGAUGGCGAUACUAGCUGCUUAUGUAAUUUGGUGGUCGUAUACUUUAUAAGUGCCUGUUUUUUGUUUUGUUUUUUGUAAUGUAAUGUGGUGUGAUAAACAUUUCUCUCCUAUUUUAUAUCUAUUAUCAAUUUAAAACUUUUUUUUAAUAUUUAAGGAUCUCAAAUAUAAAAAUGAAAGAUGUAUUCUCAGGACCGAAAAGACGAAAGUUCAAACAAAAGAUUAUUAAUCAUUUGUCACAGCUGGAACAAUAUUGCAUAUGUCAAAAAAUUAAGGAAUCUGGUGAAUAUGUUAUUUGUUUCUUUGUAAUUUUCAAAGUAUAUUUUGAGUAGACAUUAAAUUGAAAGAAAAAGGUAGAAAUACUUUAACUGACGAAUAAAUUGUCUUAAAUAUUGAAUACAAAGAGCCUAGUAUGGCCUGGUGGUUAAGGGCGCUCGACUUGCAAGCAACGUGUCGAGGGAUUGAAACCUGUAGCCGAAAAUAUUCGCUCUUUCUCCCACGCAAACGGUUUAAUAAAACGGUCAAUCCAACAUUAUUGAUUUAAAAAAUCAAAAUAUAUGAUUUAUUGGC